AACGUGGCAAGACAGACCUAUGCUAGCGGCCUGUUGCUACUCACUACGUAGACACAGAGUUCAAACUCUGUACUGUCUUUGACGUAGGUGUCGUUUGCCUGCUAGUGGCUUUCACUGUAAAAACAUGGCGAGGUUUAGCGAGCAUGGGAUUCGCCUCAGUUCCAUGAGUCCGUCUUUCCUGAAUAGUAAUUCAACAAGUCAUACGUGGCCUUUCAGCGCAGUUGCAGAACUAAUAGAUAAUGCGUCAGACCCGGGCGUGACAGCCAGGCAGAUCUGGAUAGAUGUGGUGGAGGAGCAACAGCAGCUCUGUCUGGCCUUCACUGACAACGGCAGCGGAAUGACCCCCAACAAACUGCACAAGAUGCUCAGUUUUGGUUUCACAGAGAAAGGUUCUGGUAAGGGCAGCCACCAGGCCAUCGGUGUCUAUGGAAACGGCUUUAAGUCUGGCUCCAUGCGCCUGGGUCGUGACGCUCUGAUCUUCACUAAGAACGGAGGCUGUCUGACCGUCGGCAUGCUGUCUCAGAGCUACCUACAGGCUGUAAAGGCACAGGCUGUCAUCGUCCCCAUAGUGCCCUUCAACCAACAGACCAAGGUGCUGGUAGUGACUGAGGACUCUGAGGCCAGUCUGAAUGCCAUCCUGACCCACUCUCUGAUCCACACCCAGAAGGAGCUGCUGCAGCACUUUGACUCCAUCCUCUCCAAGAAGGGCACCAAGAUCCUCAUCUGGAACAUACGCAGGAACAAAGAUGGUAAGCCGGAGCUGGAUUUCGAGACAGAUGAGUUUGACAUCCGGAUGCCAGAGAUCCACUCAGAGGAGACCAAGACUAGAGGCAGGAAGAAGAGCUUCCCUGGACCUCAGAGGACUGACCACACCAUCCCGGAGAUGGACUACUCCCUGAGAGCCUACCUCAGCAUCUUGUACCUGAAGCCUCGGACUCAGAUCAUCCUGCGACAGAAGAAGGUUCAGACCAAGCUGGUCGCCAAGAGCCUGUCGCAGAUUGAGAACGAUGUUUAUAAACCCCAAUUCAAUAAAGACAGAGUUAAGGUCACCUUUGGGUUCAACCGUAAGAACAAAGACCACUAUGGCAUCAUGAUGUACCACAAGAACCGCCUCAUCAAGUCCUAUGAGAAGGUUGGCUACCAGAUCAAGUCGUCAGGUCAGAGGGCAGGGGUUGGGGUUAUUGGAGUCAUUGAGUGCAACUUCCUGAAGCCGGCUCACAACAAGCAAGACUUUGAAUACACCAAAGAGUACAGGCUGACCCUGUCGUCCCUGGGACUGAAGCUCAACGACUACUGGAAUGAGAUGAUGGAGAAAAAGGCGAGAGAACGAGAGUUCCUGGCAGCGGAGAAGAAGAAUGAAGAGGAAGAGGAGGAGGUGGAGGAGGAAGAGGAGGAGAGUCCAGUGUGGCUGCAGUGUGAGGACUGUCUGAGGUGGAGGCGUGUCCCAGAAGGCCACUACAGCUCCACCCCUGAACACUGGAACUGCAGCCAGAACCCCAACACCAUGCUCAGGAGCUGCUCUUUGCCAGAGGAAGCAGAGGAGAGUGAAGAAGAGUUAACGCCAAGCUACCAGAAGAAGACCUACAAGAAGGACCAAGGCCUGGUCAGGAAACGAGGCCGCCCGCGGAAGCACCAUGUCCUCCCCCAAGGCCUGUCUGAGCCGGUCCUCCUCCGCCCUCUGCCCCGUGAUGCCCCCCUCCCUCUGUCUGAGCCGGUCCUCCUCCGCCCUCUGCCCCGUGAUGCCCCCCUCCCUCUGUCUGAGCCGGUCCUCCUCCGCCCCCUACCCCCUGAUGCCCCCCUGCCUCUGAUUGAACCGGUCCUCCUCCGCCCCCUACCCCCUGAUGCCCCCCUGCCUCUGACUGAACCGGUCCUCCUCCGCCCCCUACCCCCUGGUGCCCCCCUCCAUCUGCUCACAGAGGAGAUUGAGAACAGCGAGCUGAAUAAGACAGUGGCUCCACUGGUGGCCACUUUAGAGGAUGACGAGGACAACAUGCCACAGUCCAAGUCUGGGUCAGAGACAUGCGCACCCACACGCGCAUGCAAACGCUCAUACAGCAGAAACAAGCGGAAGUCAAUAUGGCCGCCCAGGGACAUGGAAAAGAGACCACAACCAUGGGCGGGGCCACACCCGUUCGCUGACGAGAUCCAAGAUGUGCAACAACCUGGGAAAGCUGGCAACGAACCACAGACACUGACUGGGCAGACAGAGAAGACCAAGGGGGAAAAGGCACCACUCGGGGCCACCAGAGGAGGCCUUUCCCAGCCCAGCUCCAGCCUUGCCUGGCCUCCCUCCCUCACUUCAGCCCAGACGGUGGUGGUGUCCCCCCUGAGUCGUCCGGAGGGCCCCUGGCCCCGGGCUCUGACCCUGGAGGGGGCAGGUUCAGAAAGGGGAGCCCUGGUCCAGAGACUGGCUGGACUGGAGAAGGAGGCUCAGAGGCUGAGGAGGAUACUGGGUUCCAACGCACCCCCAGCAACACAGGACACUGUGGUGAUGACAGACGCUGCCUCUGGGGAUAAGGAAUCUGGCGAGGCGGGGGCGGAGACAACGGUGGCCAUGGUAACCAAACAGGACCAAAAGGAGUGUGAGAGCUCAGCGUCCCCUGGCAUACCAGUGGUUCCAGGGCUGGCUGUGGAGGGCGUCCAGCCCCAGAGAGAGCAGCCUGAGCUGGGCAGGCUGAGGAGGGAGAAGGCUGACCCCCAGAGCAGGCUGAGACAGACUGACAGCCCAGUGACCAGGGACCAGAGCUCCCGCAUUGUGCAGGAGAACCUCCACAAAAUCCGAGGGAACGUGGUGGCUCUGCUGUCAGCCAUCCUGCCCCACCUGGACCUGCAGGGCAUCAGCCUGGAUACGCCAGACGUAGACAGCAUCCUGCAGCAGAUCAUAGACGCCAACUCACUGUCUCCACUCUAGAGACAACUCACUGUCUCCACUCUAGAACCCACUCUCAGUGCUCUAGAACCCACUCUCACCGCUCUAGAACUCACUCUCACCACUAGUACUUAUGCUCACCACUCUACUGUAGGUAACAUAUUGUUUAUUUUUUCAUACCAACCUGGAACCCCUAUGGCUCUGGUUCAAUGUCCACAACACAUUCACAACACAUUAUCCACACACGGACUCACAUUGUAAUGGCUGACCAUCUUAAUAGCCCGACUGACUGUCACACUGUAAAUACUUUAUCCCCAAUUGACCCUGCCUAAGUUCAGAUGCGUUAUACUGUACUCGUUGAGUGUGAGAUGUUGUUGAAAAGUUGUAAUACUGUACUCAGAUGAGCUUGCUAUGCUGUAUGUUUUACCUUCACCAUAUGUAAAGGAUCCACAAGUAACCAGCAGUCUCUGCUUCAUUUAUCAUCAUGUGUUAUUACUUGUCAAUCAGAGACCCUGGCUUGUGUGAGAGAAGCUGAGAAGCCUAUUACUGUUUGCUUUUCAUCAUUGCUACUGUUUUUAAUACGUUUGUUAAUUAUUUUGUCAUUUUAAUAUAUGCAAAUGUUCCUUGAAAGAUUCUAAAUACUGUAAGGGCUGGACUUAAACAACCCUGUCAUUACAAUGUUUUAUAGUUUUACCGUUUGUUUGCUUGCAUAUCUUUUUAAAGAAAAUCAACCAGG